AUGGGCCUCCUCAGCCGCGGGAGCCGGGCUCCGAAAAACGGCGCCGUUGACCCGGCCGUCUCCGGCGGCGAGCGCGCGCAUCCCACGCGGGACCAGCCUGCCUCGAUGACGACGCGGCCGAGCUUUGGGCAGUGGCUUAAGCAUACCUGGCUCGAUCUGCUGACCAUGGCGGCCAUGGGAGCCGUCGGCCUCGGUGUCUACAAUGCGCAUCCCGCCCCGUCGCGGUCCUUUGCCGUGACCUUUUCCGACGGCGAGGUUGUGUAUCCCGAGUUUGCGUACCCGCUGCGCAAGGAAAUCAUCCCCAUCUGGCUGGCCGCCUUCCUGGCCAGCGUGGUGCCCAUCGCCAUCAUCCUCGCCAUGCAGGUCCGCGUCCGCUCCUUCUGGGACGUCAACAACGCCGUCAUCGGCCUGCUCUACUCGCUCAUCGCCGCCGCCGUCUUCCAGGUCUUCAUCAAGUGGCUCAUCGGCGGCCUGCGCCCGCACUUUCUCGACGUCUGCAAGCCCGACCUCGAGCGCGUCGCCGCCGCCGCGACGGCGUCGGCGUCGGGAUACAACUACAAGGGCUACCGGCAGAUCUACUUCACCAGCGAGGUGUGCACGGGCGACCGCAACCAGAUCAACGACAGCCUCGAGUCGAUGCCGAGCGGCCACACGACGGCCGCCUUUGCCGGCUUCGUCUACCUCUACCUCUACCUCAACGCCAAGCUCAAGGUUUUCUCCAACUACCACCCGGCCAUGUGGAAGCUGAUUGCGCUGUACGCGCCGCUGCUGGGCGCCGUGCUCAUCGGAGGCGCCCUGACCAUCGACGAGUUCCACAACUGGUACGACAUUGUCGCCGGCGCCGUCAUCGGCGCCGUCAUGGCCUUUUCCAGCUACCGCAUGACGUACGCCGCCGUCUGGGACUUUCGCUUCAACCACGUGCCCCUGAGCCGCGGAGCCCCCUUUGCCUACCAUCUCGGCGGUGGCGCGCAGCAGCCCCUCGACGCCGUCUUCACCAGAAAGGCCGGCUGGGGCUCCGGCGGCGGGGGCGGCCUCCUUGGCCGUCGCGGGGAGAAGGCGACGACGGGCGGCCCCGGCGGCGGGCACUUCGAUGGCCACGACCAUGGUCAUGGCCACGGGCAGCACGCCGCGGGCCCGACGAUUCCCCGGCGCGCUGUGGGCGGAGGGCAGCACGCCGACGACAUGGUUUAG